AUUCCACCCAAGAUUAUUGAAAAAUAAUUUCAUUUAAAUAACAAAAAGGACGAAAAAUUAAUUACAAAUGUUGAUUUGCGGAUAAAACAAUUAUAUAUUUACGUCAUGAACAUGCAUUUAAAAACCUUUUGGGAAAUCAUUUGCUUUAACAGAUGACAAUUGAAUUGAACAUUAAAAUAGACUAGUAUAAUUUUCGUGUUAAUUUUCCAAAAAUUUGCUGUAAUCAAACUAUAAAGUAUCAAAAUUUUAAGUGAAAUCAUUCAUUAAAAUAAUAUGCCUAAAAAUUUUGGAGUAAUGAUUAAAACUGUAAAGAUUUUAACGUUGUAAGUAAAGAAAAAGUUGCAACUAUUAUAGAUUUCGAGGGUCUUGAUACAUUUCAACCCAACUACGACAUAUAUUGAUAAUUUUUUAUUAUUAAUGUUUAGAAAUUGUAAAGAAAUAAGGGAAAUAGAUUAGAAGCUGCGUGACGCAUGCGUGCAUUUGAAUAACUCGACACGACUGUAUAUACAUGUAUCUAUAUGUAUAGAGGAGUUAGAUCGUCAUGAAAUAUAUAUACACAUGGAUACACGUAUAUAAGAAUGAAUGUAUGUAGAUGAAUUCAGGCCACGAAGAAAGUUAGAGAAAGAGAGGCUAUCCUAUAUUUUGCUAUAAAACUGCUCAUUUUUCAUUGUUGAAAAAACAAUUAAUUGGUUAAAUAUAUAUAAAACGUUCAAAGUUUAUUUAACUGAUUGAAAGUAAUUUAUAAUCACGCAAUCUCAGUAAUAAGACUGAAGGGCAAAACUGUUGUUCGAGAGAAUAUUUCCACAAUGUCGACUGCCGACGAAGUUUUUGAGACUUGGGAGGAGAUGGAGGCAUCUGGAAUACUUGACAGGAACCUCAAUGCUCUGCAAUUAAAUGCUUUAGAUAGUUUAGAAGAAAGACCAACCACUAAGGUAAUUGGAAAUUCAAAUACGAACGGAAGAAUGAUAAUAUUGGGAGAAGAUUCUGUAAGAUCUCAAUAUGUACCACCUAAACCGACAGUGAAAAUACUAAAAAGGCCUCAAGGAGAAUCUCGAGGUAAUGGUGAUGGUCAAAUAACCAAUGGUGAUAAACCAAAACAGCCUAUUAAAUCGUUGAAACAGAGGGAGCAAGAAUAUGCUGAAGCUCGAAAAAGGAUUUUAGGAGAGGAAAAGAGUCCGGAAGAGAAAUCAUCUCAUGAGAUAAACAAAAUUCACCAAAAAUUUAUUAAUGAUCAAAGUGCUUCCAGUAGUCCAACUCAAAGUAAUAAUAGUCAAAAUCGAGUUCUUCGAAUGCCUUUGGGACCGGACGGAACUCGAGGAUUUAAUGUACGGAGGUAGCAAGGUUAAAAUUAUAUUUCCAUCAACAUUUCAAUGUAUCUUUCACAUAAUCUCCUCGAUAAUUAUCCGUCACUGGUGCGGGGAGAAAUGACUAUGAGGUCUUCAACAGUGAGCAGUUAAUCUUGGACGAUCCCGAUCAACCGGCUCAGGACUUUAAGUCCUUAUUAAAUGUGUAAUCUUGAAGAUGUCACAUUGAAGAGAGGCGUUGAGUUACACAAUUUAAAUUAUAAAAAAAUAAGAGAAUGGAUUCUCUUCUUAGAGAAAAUGUAAUUCAGCCAAACUAGAAUCUUGGCUUAAGUUCUGUUCAUUGCAAUUUAUAAUUUUUAAGUGAACUCAUUAUUUAAAUUAUCACAAGCUAAAAAUUGAAAACUAUUGAUAUUAAUAAUUAAUAUGAUGAUUGUUAUACAAUUAUGUAAACUCUCUUAAUUGACCCCGACUACUGUGAUACAGGAUAAUCAGACUAUGCAAAUUAUGUAUUGGAAAUAUUCAAUUCAUUAACAAUUUUGUAAAUUCAUGCAAAAAUCAUUUCAUUGUAAAUAUUUCGUUUUCUUGGCUAAAAUAAUAAAUAAUAUUUUUUUCGUUA